AAUAAGGAUCCAAGGAACGGACAAGGUCAGGAUCAGCCGGCUCUCUAGCAGCUGAAAUUCUGAAAGAUGUUGAAAUGUGUGAGUAUCCUGUGUGUGUGUGUCUCCUGGAUCAGUCUUGGAUUCUCCCAGAGGGUGACCAACAUGGGAUCCUAUGGUGUCACAAACCAGUUAUACGAUAACGCAGCUGUUCUUGCCUCUGUUUACACCUCCAGUAACAACCUGGAGACCGUCCAGCUUCCUGCAGGGAUGAAUGUGCAGGAGGCACUGUUGUUUUGUCAGUACCGUUGUCUUCUCCGCUCUCAGUGUGCCUCCUUCGUCUUCGUGAAGACGGGCACCACUUGUUACCUGACCUCCUUUAAUCGCUGUGCCAGUCCCAGCGUGCUUUUAUACUCGGCGCCUGGCAUGCAAACGUACGAUGUAAGGCCUGGAACACUGAGUAAGCCAAUCAGCACCUGCUACAGCGCUUGUACUGGCACUUGCCAAGCUUGUGGAAAGCCUAGUUGUGCAGGAGUUACCUGUAACGACUGUGCUCACGCCUGUUGGAACUACCAAGUUUACAACAUUACAGGUAGUCCUACCCUUUGGAUGGAUCUGCAGUUGAGCCAGACUGUAAUUCCCCUUUGCAAUAAAGGCUGGCAGUUGAUCUGGGGCUACGCCAACAACUUCUUGGUGUACCCACUACUGUUCUCGGCACCAAUGGUGCUCCGCUUGGCUAUCAUCUACAAGGACUCCACUGUCCGCUACUCUUAUUUCAACAGCUUCACCUACCAGGCACCUUACACAAUCGCCGUUGGGGCCUUCCUGGGCGGCCAGGCAGGAAACUACUGGCAGGCUCCCUUCAAUAAUGUGACGAUGCUCUAUCACUCCAGCUGCCCUCUCUUCUAUCCUACCGUCAACACCACCUGCAUUCCGGGAAGUGGACUCAACUCCAGCUUCGUGUGGCUUACGGGAUCCAGUGCUUUAGACGCCAACGAUAGCGCUACCAACAACACCGUCUCCGGCGUGCAGCUCUGGAUCAUACCGAAGGGUAUGGAGUGGUUCGAUUCGAAAUUCGUCAGUGUAAAUGCUACCGCUGGCAAUGUAACCACGGGGUGAGUCACUAACUGAAUCAUCAAUACUGGGCAGACAUACAGCCAAGGACGCUACCGGGAACAACUCGACUAUGGACACUAAUGGAAGUCUCAGUAUUAGGCACAAAAUGGAAAAGACCAACCCUGAUAACAUAGAUGAAAGGAAACGAGUGGAUACAUUCAGGAUAUCUUUAAUGGUUAAGUUACGGUCUUGGGACCUCCAUCACUCUAACUGAUAAAAGAGAAUGCAAGUCCUUGGGAAUCAGAUCUUGUGAAGGCGUUCGGUCAGCUUAAUACCAUGUUAUUUGCAGCAGGGAAUCACUAAGAUAUCAUCAUCUGUGCAAUGUAGUUGCCAGCCAUUUGAUCUGUGGUGCUGGAAGUAGCAAUUAAGGAUGUAUCAGUACAGUAGCACCUAUUACUUUUGGACUCUUCGCAGAUAAUUUCCUCAUUGUUCCCGAGCAUGAAAUGGCUUUCUUGAGGUGACCUGACAGCUUCACUUGACCACCUACAUUGACAUGCAUUCUCCACUGUAUAUCGUAUUUGGUCACUAAUUUGUAUUAUGGGAGACCAAGGUCCCAGGACACGUAAGCAGUAAAGAUGUCCUAAGUGUAUGCACUUGUGUCCUUUCAUACAGAUGUAUUUACUCGCGAAAUGUAAUCAUAACAUUACUGCACCACUUCUGUUUUCCGCUGUAUCACAGUAAUUAACUUCUCCUUGUGUGUAUUCAAUACUGUAUCACCAUAGUGGCAUUUUCAAUAUCUCCAGUGGAAAUUAAUCCCAUUGUAAGAUUUCACUGGUUUACAGGAUGUAUACACCAAGAGGUAUAUUUCUCUCAACGUAUAAAUGCUGACGGUUUAAUUUAAUCCUUUUUUGAAGAAUUAAAGUUAUUAUUUUUGUCUGUUGGUGAAAAGGUUAAAUGUAGCCUUUAUGACGCCAGUGUAGUCGAUAGGCUUCAAACCCCAUUAACCAACCUUACGUAUUGUGUUAUCUUAGGCUCA